UUUGUGCCCGUGAGCGGCCAAGUGAAACCAAGACAAAGAUUUUUCUUCUUGCGCUCCGGUGAGAUAAUUUCAACUAAAUUCUGCACGCUCCGGGAGCGGGAGAGACAGACUUGUCAAAAAAAAAACAACAAAACAAAUAAGCGCAGCGAGCGCAACAACAACUAACAAAAAAUAUAAGCAAAGCGUCAGAGACGAUAAGGCGACGGAACGGACGAGAAGACGUAUAACGACGGUUCCGUCAUUCAGUCUGUUGUGUGAACGCGAACGUGACGUUUCCCAGUGGUGGUGGUGAAGAUUGGCAGAAGUGGUGCUGCCUUUUAGAAUUUGAAUUUUUCAGCGUGGCCGUGUGUUCGAUAACAGCUUCGUCGUGUUGGCCACAAAUAGCAAUCAAUAUAACUACAACGCUGGAGAAGAAUUGUUGGAUUUGGAUACGACAGCCCUAAUGUCGUUGCCAAUGAAUUCGCUGUACUCGCUCACUUGGGGCGAUUACGGCACCUCUCUGGUAUCGGCCAUACAAUUGUUGCGGUGUCAUGGCGACCUGGUCGAUUGCACACUGGCAGCGGGUGGACGCAGUUUUCCUGCCCACAAAAUUGUAUUGUGUGCCGCUUCACCGUUUCUUCUCGAUUUGCUAAAGAACACACCAUGCAAACAUCCGGUGGUCAUGUUGGCCGGCGUCAAUGCCAACGAUUUGGAGGCAUUGCUUGAGUUCGUCUAUCGGGGGGAGGUGAGCGUCGAUCAUGCGCAGUUGCCCUCACUGUUGCAGGCAGCUCAAUGCCUUAAUAUCCAAGGCCUGGCACCCCAAACAGUGACAAAGGACGACUACACGACCCAUUCGAUACAACUGCAGCACAUGAUACCACAGCACCAUGACCAGGACCAACUAAUUGCGACAAUUGCCGCGGCUCCCCAGCAAACUGUGCACGCACAGGUUGUUGAGGAUAUACACCACACCGGACAGAUACUACAGGCCACACAGUCAAAUGCAGGACAACAGGCAGCCACCGUGACUCUCGAUACCAGCAAACAUGAUCAGGCAGUUAUUCAGGCCUUCUUACCCGCACGCAAACGAAAGCCGCGCGGCAAGAAAAUGUCACCGACCGCAUCGAAAAUCAGCAAAGUUGACGGCAUGGACACGAUUAUGGGAACACCGACCUCUUCACACGCAGCAGCCCAGCAGGUGGUUCAACAGCAAGUGCUAAGCGAAAACGGCGCCGAAACCCAACUGAUCACCUCCACGCCGAUCAUCAAGAGCGAAGUGCAAAAAGUUGAGACAAUUGUGACCAUGGAUCCGAACAAUAUGAUACCGGUAACGUCGGCAAAUGCGGCAACAGGCGAAAUACAAACGUCCAGCGGCACGACAGGCACACCAAGCGGCAGCGGAGCCUCUGCAACGCCCAAAUCCAAACGAACCAAACAUCCGCCUGGCACAGAGAAACCUCGAUCACGGUCACAAUCGGAACAACCCGCUACUUGCCCCAUUUGUUAUGCUGUCAUCCGUCAAUCCCGCAACUUGCGUCGCCAUCUGGAGCUGCGGCACUUUGCCAAACCGGGCGUCAAAAAGGAUAAGAAAAUACCCGGCGGAAAGAAACCCGGAGGCAGUUCAGGCCCAGGCAGCGGUCAGUCGGUGGGCAACAAUCAAACCAUAAGCAGCAGCUCAGUCAGCUCGGUGCCGCAGGUGCAGUCUGUGCAAUCGUUGCACACGUUGCAGGGUGUGCAAGUCAAGAAGGAUCCCGAUGCGCAACAACAACAGCAGCAGCAACAGCAGCAACAACAGCAACAGCCGCAACAAACAAUGACAGUGACCACAACAACGGCCGGCGGGCAAGUUCAACAACAACAGGUGCAGCAAGUGCAGGUGCAGCAGCAGCAGCAGCUGCAACACCACCAGAUUAUCGAUCAGUCGGGCAACAUAACCACCGCUACGACCAGUGCGCAGGCGGCGGCUCAGCAGCAGGCAGCAGCGGGACAGCAGUUGGUCGCGCAGGCCGAUGGCACCGAUAGCAACACAUCCUUAUCGAUAGCUCAGGUGCAGACGCUGCAGGGUCAUCAGAUCAUAGGCAAUUUAAAUCAGGUGAAUAUUACUGAUUUUCAACAACAACAACAACAGCAGCAGCAACAACAACAACAACAACAGCAGCAGCAACAACAACAAACACAACCACAACAGACGCUCUGAAUACUUGGACGAUAAAGUAGUUGUAGUCGUACCUACUAUGUAGUUCUAAAUACCGCCUCCUAUGUAAUUUGAUAGCCCUAUAAUCUUACUUCCCCCCCUCCCUUCCGCCACCCACAAAAAUUGCCGUGUAAAAGGAAACUGCAGCCAAAUUCUAAAGUUUUCUAUAAUCUUAUGUCUAACUAUUGUAGUUGUUAGUGGUAAACAGAUGCCUGGAGUUUCGAGAAUAAUGUAUCGGUGCUUCAUUUUCGCUUCUCCUUAAAAUAUUUAAGUGCGUUUCAAUUUUAUUUCCUUAUUCUAUUCUAAAAACUCAACACUAAUUUAGUUUUGUUUAUAUAAGUACUUUUAAAUUUAUUCUUGCUUAAGUGGAUUGUGUGUUCAACGCACACAGUUCACAGUUCCAUUGAAAAUGUGUUUUGGAAGCAGGCGAUAAACUCAAAAAUGGUCAGACAGGUAAAUAAUUUGCCCAACAAUUUUUAUGAUUUUAAAACUAUGGCCUUACAAAUAUUCAUUUAAAAUACAAGUAAGCAACAAUUUGCACUACUAUAAAACUGUUUUGUCAAUAUAUGAAUGAAUUUGUGUGCAAACUAUUUGUCUGUCUGACCGCAGCAUAAGCUACAUUAUGAUUAGUCUGUCUUAGAAGGGCUCAUUGAGGGAAUUGUAGAUCACUUGUUAAUUAUUUGCUAAUAGUUUGAUUAAUCAUUUGUGUGUCUAGGCAACACAACCCUCAGAAAAUAUUUAAGCGUAUUUUAAAUCAAGACGCCUAUCAAGGAAGAAAAUAGUAGUAAAGGAUUCCCAACCAUAAUAUGCCAUACAAAAAUGUUGGGAACAAAUUAGUUGCAAUAAUUUAUUUAGACCCUUUGAAAAAGUUACAACAAUCAGUCAGAGAGUCAACAAUCCAGAUACUUGUCGAUUCGAAAAUUUUGGAGAACGUUUGAGGAAGUCAUAAAUAAUGUCGCAAAGGGGACUGUGUUACUUCUUUCCAUACUGAAAUAGUUAAUAACUGAAUAAUUUGCAAUAUUUCUGCAAUAUAACCCCAUUAUCCGGGGCCCUCGCCUUUCAAUAUGUGUUAAAAAUUUAUAUAUUUGGAGUUGCAGUUGACUCCAUAACUAGCAACAUCGUGUGCCUUUUGUAGUUGUGUGCUGCGUGCAUUCUAAGCUAAAUCAAAAACUAUACACACUUUCGAUUUUAAGAUCUUCUUGCUUCUUAUUCUUCUAAACUUAAUGGCCAGGAUCUAUCGGUCGCAGUAAAGAAGUUCUCGAAGAGAAAGAAGCGAUUGGGCCUUUUCUGCGAAAGCAUUAUGUAAAAAAGUAAAAUUAAAAACAAAAACAAACAAAUUAGAAAAAUUAAUAGUUAAAAUUUUUUUAAAACGUAGAGCGCAUUUUUGCUACCAAAAGUAAGCUAUGUCCUGAAGAUUAAGUGUUGUUUUACGAAAAGAGUUGGUUAUCUUUAUGAUUACAUAUAUGUAUAUUGUUGACCACUUAGUUGGUGUAGAGACAGUCCGGACCGAUUUUUACUGUUUUUACACUUUUUUUUACCCUAUUUAAUUAACCUUAGCAAAAAAUAAUAAAAUAAAAAAAAAAAACAUAUUUCAGAUUUUAGGAUUAAGUUUUUAGCCGUGGACCGCUAUGCGUUCAUUGAUAAAUUUUAAAUAUAUUUCUUAUUUUUAUUA